AUGGAGCACAGAGUCCUUGUGAACAAGGCUGGGCUCCGAAUUUCAGUAGCCUGCUUCUUCAGCUUGAGUUUUCAACCAUGGCGGAAACUGUUCUGGCCCAUCAAAGAAAUCUUAUCAGAAGACAGCUCUCCGCUCUAUAAAGAGAUUAUGGUCACCGAGUACCUCACUUGCUUCAAAGACCAAGGCUCUGAUGACACUCCUCCCUUUCUUUUCUGUAAACCGGAGAUUGAUUCGCUAAUGGCUGGCCUGGUCGAUGCGGGAAUCAUCAAGACCCCGAGAAUCUUCGCCCAGGAGUCGGCAGAUAAAACCAAUAACCAUACGACGACCCAGUUGAGCAUCCCAGUGAUUGACCUUGGGGGCAUAGAGUGCGGCUACACACAAAGGCAGAGGAUCGCCGAUCAGGUCCGGGCAGCGUCGGAGAAGGGGGGUUUCUUCCAGGUGGUGAACCAUAGGUCACUGAUCAGUGUACUCAAGGGGAUGAAGGAAGGGGUGAGGAGGUUCUACGGGCAGGACGAGGAAGUGAAGAAAGAGUACCCCACGAGGGACAUUACUCAGAAAUUGGUAUAUUAUAGCGAUUCGAUCCGUAUACUGCCUAGGUUGCUAAUUGGAGAGACACAUUUUUUCUGCUACAUGGUUCCGGAUCCUCCAAAGCCCGAGGAAUUGCCCCAAGCUUGCAGGGACAUACUGAUUGAAUACUCGAACGUAGUGAUAAAUCUCGGGGACUUGCUUUUUGAGAUACCCCCGUAG